AUGGUUGCUCCGAUACCACCAGUCGCCUUACGCGACCACUGUUCGGUCCUUAACAAGAAUACACUUUACGUCUAUUCCCCAGAUGCUCUUCAAUCCAUCUCUUUUGAGGAGGGAGCUGAAUGGAAGCAGCUCCCAAUGGGCGUCUCCGUCACGGGCGCACGAUGCGUCCAAGCCGUGCCCAACGGAGAUGACAGCCAGUCAGCCAUGUAUAUCGUCGGAGGCUCGACAAACGCCACGAUGACCAAUUAUUCCGGCCUCCAACGAUAUUCGUUUGCCGAGAACAAGUGGGAGACCAUUUGGCCAGCCGUGCAGGUCACGCAAAAUCGGCGGAAUCACGGCGCUGCGUAUCUCAACGAUUCUUCAUCUUUGCUAGUUUAUGCAGGCUCUCAGAACGGUUAUAGCGGCCCAUCGUCUGAAACUUUUGUUAUUUCCACGAACCCUCCGUACAGUGUCCAAGCCUUCAGUUCAGACGCGCCGCCGGCAGUGAUUCCUAUGGUCUUGCCUUGGAACUCUAGCCAUGCAGUCAUGGUCGGAGGCAGCACGUCAAAUGCUGAGGUCUUCACUUUUGACCCUGGCAAUGGCUGGAGCGACCUGGGUGUCAAUCUACAGGAAGGACUGCCCGACUCCUCACAAGCACAGAGUACCGUCGUCCAGGGUGACGAUGGCAGCCGCGUCCUGGAGACGUAUGAUUUGGCUGUGUCGCCGAACAGAGUUUCGCGGGUUGUGCUUAUGGGUGCCAACGGCCAGAAAGCAACCGCUGGACAGUCCGUCGGCGAUGCUACGUCCUCUUCCACUACUUCCUCACCAACGUCGUCGCCAGUGAAACGCGAUUUAACCUUGGAAAACUGGCCGCCCUAUAACGGAACGCUCGCGCCAACCACAACCCGUUCCGGCUUCGCUCUUUCCCAAGGGUCAAAUGGUAUCGUAGUAAUUUCCGGCGGUGAUGACCAAGAUCCGUUAUCCAUUUUUAACCAGACGGGCAAUGCUUGGGUCAAUGCAACGGAGCUGUUUAACGGCGCGGCUGUGAAAACUCAGAACACCCUGAAUCCUUCUAAUCCCACCACUUCCUCGUCCACACCGACGGAUAGCGCAGCGGCUCACGCAAGUUCUGGAACUGGUGCCGCUCAACCUAAAUCCGGCCAUUCUAAAAGCAUGACCAUUUUAGGCGCUGUUCUUGGUACGCUCUUUGGCCUGAUUGCCAUCUGUAUCCUACUAUUGUUUCUCAUCCGCUGGAAAAGAAGCCGCAAGCAAACCUCAGGCGACCUUGGCCAAAAGGCUUCUUCUCGUAACGAGAAGAAUCGCUUGAGUUUUGCCGAUCGGGGUGCAAGCUUUAUGAAAGAAGCGGGUUUUUCACCACCCCGGGGUCAUAAGCCAGCAGAGUCAAUGGACUCCCAAACUUCGCUCGCGAUUAUAUCUGGAUGGGCAGGAAUGGGACAUAAGCGAGGCUUGUUUUCAAAGGGAAGCAAAGGCUCUCUCCGCGGGAGUUGGUUGUUCACCAAGAAGAAGAGCCCGUUGAAUCCAGAUGCAGCUUCCGAUCACAGCGCUGCAGAGAGAGGCAUUGCUUUAUCCCCCACAGGAGCUGCUGCGAUGCCCGCGGCGCGGGCUCCGAUGGCACGACCGCCACCGCCCAACGGUAAUGAGAGAUCACGAAACUCUGGAUGGAGUAAAUACUUUGCUGGUAAUAGCGCGACAAACCUGGCUCACCUCAUGCCCAGCGCUUCAGCUGUAGGACCGCGCCAGUCGACGUACACGCAAGAUUCUCAGUCACAUUAUAGCGAGUCUCGUGCUCCGAGCACCAUGCCGCACAGGUCGGCUGAGGUGCCACCGCUCGAUUUGCGUCGUUAUGGUUCUGAUCAAACUUUGAGCCAAGUAACCAGCGGCAGCCCCGUCCUUGGUCACUCUUCAAUGGACCUCUUUCGGGGCCGGGGUGUUGCGGUGAGCGAGGGUCUUACUGCACACAUUUCGCGACGGGGUUCAACAGGGACAGCAUCCGAUGUCUCAGAUGAUGACCUCCACGCAAGUUCGCAUAACGCAUCUCCGGAAGAGAUGGCUUGGACACCCGUAUCUGGCCCUAGCUUUGACGUACGGCCACCCAGUAGUAUUUACACAGACAGUGUCAACCGCAACUCUGCAGUUACUAUCUUCCCUCGAGGCGUGGCCGCAUCAUCGUUUCCUUUUCCGCCGCAAGGUAAUGGCUCGACGGGCGGCCUUUCUGUGCCAGGUGCGCGGAAUAACUUUGAAGGAAAUAGCAACUUCGUCGGUCAUCCGUCGGAGUCGCAACACAAUCAAGAUUUCAGCUGGUUGAACCUCGGGGACGUGCGGAAGGUGUAG